AUGUGUUCAGAAUCUCAUAAAUUAAAAUUUAUUUGCUUUGAGUGCAAUGAACUGAUGUGUUCGGUUUGCACACUUGAUCAUUGCAAACAACAACCAAAACACUUGAUUCAUUGUCAUCAUGUCACAAAAAUAAAGCAAUCAUUAAAUAAUAUCUUUAAAACAGAGUAUGCGAAUAAAAAUAAUCAUAACCAUGAAGAGAGUAUUAGUAAUAAUGAUGAUGAAUCUGUGUUCUCGAAAACAAUGCUAUCGAUAUGGGAAUCAUUAAGAUCAUCGACAUACAGAUAUCAAAGAUUAUCAACAACAGAGAAUGAAAUCAAACAACAUUUUGAACAAUUACAUCAAUAUCUAAUCAGAGAAGAACAUAAACUACAAAGAGAUAUUAUCAAUGAUAAACAUACAAUCACAAAUCAAAUCGAUUAUAAUAUAAAUCAUUUAAAAAAUUUAUUAAAUAUUAUAAAUAUAUUUAAUAAAUUAAAUAGUAAUAAUGAUAAUAAUAGUAGUUAUGAUAAUCAGUCAAUAAUAUCAGAUACAACAACAUUAUAUUCAACAACAAUAAUGGAAUCAAUAACAACAAGUUCAUCAUUACAAUCAUUCAUCAAUCAUAAUAAUCAAACAUUGUUUAAUGAUCAUCAUGAUGUAUUCAAUAUUGAUGAACUUCUCAAACAACAUAAUAACGACUCGACAUCAUUAUUAUUAGAUAUCAUUCAUAAAUACAACAAUCAAUUCAAUGAAUCAACAACUAAAAUCACAGACAAUAAUAACUUAACAUUAUCAUCAUAUAAAUUAUCAAUCAAACAACCUGAUUUCAAUCAAUUGAAUUCAAUCAUUGAACAAUCAAUCAAACUUGAUAACAUUGAAUCAACUGAAUCAAUAAAUACAACAUCAAUAACAAACAACAAUGAUAACAAACAAUCUUAUAUUUUCACAACACACACUUCAAAAGGAGCAACACUGAUCAUCACAAACAACAAUUCAAACUCAAAAUCGAAAUCAAUUGAACAUAUUGGUGAUAUCAAAGUAAUCAAAGGUGAUUCUAAUAUGUCAGUUUGUUAUGAUGGUCAAGAUCAUAUCUAUUUAGUGAAUGGUUUAUAUAUAAGCAAUAGAAUUGAUAGAUUCAACAUCAAGACAAUGAAAUUUGAAAGAUAUCAUCGAUUAAUUGGUGGAUAUGGUAUGCAAGUAUCAUCAAUGAUCUUCAAAGGUUCAUUAUAUUCAGUAUCAUACAAAGUGUUGGAAUCGUAA